UAUCCAGCAUCGAAUCUCCUCAUCUUCUUCUCUUCAGCCCCUAAUUUUUCAAGGUGGUCUUCGUCCGAUUCGGCCAUGUCGGGGCGCGGGAAGGGAGGCAAGGGGUUGGGCAAGGGCGGGGCGAAGCGCCACCGCAAGGUCCUUCGCGACAACAUCCAGGGAAUCACGAAGCCGGCCAUCCGCCGCCUCGCCCGCCGUGGUGGCGUCAAGCGCAUCUCCGGCCUCAUCUAUGAGGAGACCCGCGGCGUCCUCAAGAUUUUCCUGGAGAACGUCAUCCGCGAUGCCGUUACCUACACCGAGCACGCCCGACGUAAGACCGUCACCGCCAUGGACGUCGUCUACGCCCUCAAGCGCCAGGGCCGAACCCUCUAUGGCUUCGGAGGCUGAGCGCCGUCCCUCCAUCAAGAAGUGGUGGAAUUUGGAGUCUGGUCUGGUCGAUUGGAGAAGAAAACGAAAGAAAAGAGAAGCCUUUGGAAAGUGGAAGCUAUGGUUGAAGAUUUGUUGCUGUUCAAAACAUGUGCUAGAUUUGCAAAUAUGACUACAUGUGAUCAUUGACUAUUCUGCAUGAAAAGUCUCUUCUUUCCUUUAUGUGAUUUCAAGUUGUCCUCGAUAUGACUGACUACAUGUUCAGUAUGAACUGUUCAAUGAUUGAAGCCGCUUGUUUGGUUCA